CCUUCAUAUUUACGAACGAACCUUUCAUUGCCACCAAACACAGCACGUCGUCGUUUUAUUCAUAUUCUUUCUGCGUUUUGAACUUCGAGUUGUCGUUUUCAGAUCGGAGAGUUUCAUCGCCAUGAACGGAAACGAAGCAGUGGAAGAUGUGAAGGUGAUUGAUGAGGAGGAUUCGACGGAGAAAACAGUGUAUAUGUGGGGUUACCUUCCUGGAGCAUCGUCGGAGAAAGCUCCCAUACUGUCACCGGCGCCGGUUCGUUUAACGGAAUCUUCCAUUGCCGGAGAUUCGUGGAAAGACGUAUGCGGUGGUGGUUGUGGAUUCGCCGUGGCUAUCUCAGUUUUUGCAGAGAAAGGGAAGCUGGUAACGUGGGGAUCAGUGGAUGAUGAAAACCAGAGCUACUUGAUGUCAGGGAAGCAUGGGGAGAUUCCAGGGCAUUAUAAGCUUCCCACUGAGGCUUCAGUGGUGAAAGCUGCUGCUGGUUGGGCUCAUUGCGCAACAGUCACUGAUGAUGGUGAUGUGUAUUCAUGGGGCUGGAAAGAAUGUGUGCCUUCUGGAAAAGUGUUUACUGAUCUCAUCACUGUGGGAAGCCUCCAAAAGGAUGUGGCUGGAAAACAAAGUUCAUCGGUAGCUGAGCAAGGAAGCCCGCAAAGCCCAAACACUAGUAGUGGGUCUGAUUCUCAUCAUGACAACAAGAAAGUUGGAGAGGAAGCUGGAAAGCGAAGGAAGAUCUCAUUUGCCAAACAGGAGUCUGACAGUCAAACAUGUGGAGACGAUUUCUUUAUUAUGUCCCCUUCUCUUGUUACCUUUGGCCAAGGUGUGAAAAUUACCUCUGUAGCAGUUGGUGGGAGGCAUACAUUGGCACUGUCAGAUGUGGGACAGGUCUGGGGUUGGGGCUAUGGAGGCGAAGGACAGCUAGGUUUGGGUUCUCGAGUUAAGAUGGUAUCAUCCCCUCAUCUUAUUCCGUGUAUUGAGUCUGCUUCUGGGAAGGAUAAGUCCUCUUUUAACCAAGGAAGCAGUGCUCUUGUUCAAUGUUCUAAUGGGCCUGGAAGUUAUGUGACGGAAAUAGCUUGUGGAGGUCGGCAUAGCGCUGUAAUAACAGAUGCUGGGGUUCUUCUUACUUUUGGCUGGGGUCUGCAUGGGCAGUGUGGACAAGGAGAUAAUGCUGAUCAUCUAAGACCAACUCUAGUUCCUUCUUUAUUGGGAACUAGAGUGAAACAAAUUGCUGCUGGACUUUGGCAUACAUUAUGUGUUACAGUAAAUGGUCAAGUUUAUGCAUUUGGUGGCAAUCAAUUUGGACAAUUAGGUACUGGUAGUGAUCAGCCUGAGACUUCACCUAGACUGUUGGAUACUUUUGAGAACAAUCUUUCAAGAAUAGUUUCUUGUGGUGCGCGUCAUAGUGCUUUGCUAACAGAUGAUGGUCACCUUUUCACCUGGGGAUGGAACAAAUAUGGCCAGCUUGGUUUGGGAGAUUCUGUUGACAGAAACAUCCCCUGUCGAGUUUCAAUUCCCGGUUGCCGACCAAGAAAUGUUGCAUGUGGUUGGUGGCAUACACUGCUGAUGGUUGAUAAACCUGUUUGACGCAAUUCGCCCACUAGCAUCAAGGUGAUUGUCAGUUAUACAAGUUACGGACUAGUUGACAUUUCAUUCAUGAAAUGUAGAUGUCUAAAAUAACUUCUGUUGAUUUGUUUUGUUCAUUCUUCUCUUUCUUUCCUCUGCUUGGCCAUGCCUGCAUUUUCUCUUGCUUCCAUGUCUAGAUUGUAGCUUGGGACUAACUUGGAGAUCUGAGAACUUGAGAAGGGUUUUAAGUUUGGAUACAAACAAAAACAUUAAGGGUUAGGAUCUAACAUUGUUUUUAAUUUAGCUGUAAAUCAUAACUCCAUUAAAUCGAUGAGACCAAUUUUUAUUCUUCGGAGGGUAUAUGUUGAUGUUGGUGGGUGUUGUUUCAUCAUGUUUGUGAUUUCUAGAUAUGAAUGUUUAUGUAAUAUAUUUUCUUGGAAGAAGCUUUCUGUUGUUUCAUUUGUAAUAGCAUUGAGAAUCUUUGAUCCGUGGAAUAAUUUUAUUAUCUUGUAUUAUAUGACAUUUUAAAUUAGUAUGAAUAUUGAUUAGUUUAUUAUCAA